AUGGCUGGUGGUGCUGUGUCCCCCGCGGGCAGCGUCGACGCUCGCCGCGUCGAGGCCCCCGUUACUGUCAAGACGUACCUGAUGUGCGCCUUCGCUGCCUUUGGUGGUAUCUUCUUCGGUUAUGAUUCCGGUUACAUCUCCGGUGUCCUUGGUAUGGACUACUUCAUCACUACUUUCGAGCACCUGGACCCCUCUCUGGCUACUACCAACCCCGACGCUUUUGUCGUUCCCUCGUGGAAGAAGUCUCUCAUCGUCUCUAUUCUCUCUGCUGGUACUUUCUUCGGUGCUCUGAUCGCCGGUGACCUGGCUGACUGGUUCGGUCGUCGUACCACCGUUAUUGCUGGCUGCUUCGUCUUCAUCGUCGGUGUUAUUCUCCAGACUGCUUCCAGCAGCCUGGGUCUCCUGGUUGCUGGUCGUCUGAUUGCCGGAUUCGGUGUCGGUUUCGUUUCCGCCGUCAUCAUUCUGUACAUGUCCGAGAUUGCUCCUCGCAAGGUCCGUGGUGCCAUCGUCUCGGGCUACCAGUUCUGCAUCACUAUCGGUCUCAUGCUGGCCUCUUGCGUCGACUAUGGCACUCAGAACCGCACUGACUCCGGCUCCUACCGCAUCCCCAUUGCUCUGCAGAUGCUCUGGGCCGUCAUCCUUGGCACUGGUCUCUUCUUCCUACCCGAGUCCCCUCGUUACUUCAUCCGCAAGAACGACAAGGAGGCUGCCCGUGAGGCUCUCUCCCGCAUUCGUGGCCAGGCCCCUGACUCCGAGUACAUUGAGCUGGAGCUGAACGAGAUCGAGGCCAACUUCCAGUACGAGAUGACCGUCAUCCCCGACACUGGCUACUUCGACAGCUGGAUCAACUGCUUCCGCGGCAACAUCUUCCACCCCAACUCCAACGUCCGCCGCACUGUCCUCGGUACUUCUCUCCAGAUGAUGCAGCAGUGGACUGGUGUCAACUUCGUCUUCUACUUCGGUACCACUUUCUUCAAGCAGCUCGGCACAAUCCAGAACCCCUUCCUGCUGAGCAUGAUCACCACCAUCGUCAACGUGCUCUCCACACCCAUCUCCUUCUACGCCAUUGAGAAGGUCGGUCGUCGCCCCCUGCUCCUCUGGGGUGCCCUGGGUAUGGUUGUCUGCCAGUUCCUCGUCGCCAUCAUCGGUGUCACCGACGGCAGCAACCCCCACGCCGUCUCUGCCAUGAUCGCCUUCAUCUGUAUCUACAUCUUCUUCUUCGCUAGCACCUGGGGCCCCGGCGCCUGGGUCGUCAUCGGCGAGAUCUUCCCCCUGCCCAUCCGUUCCCGCGGUGUCGCCCUCUCCACCGCCUCCAACUGGCUGUGGAACUGCAUCAUUGCCGUCAUCACCCCUUACAUGGUCGACUCUGACCAGGGCAACCUCGGCGCCAAGGUGUUCUUCAUCUGGGGCUCCCUGUGCACCUGCGCCUUCGUCUACACCUACUUCCUCAUCCCCGAGACCAAGGGCCUCACCCUCGAGCAGGUCGACAAGAUGAUGGAGGAGACUACCCCCCGCACUUCUGCUGGCUGGAAGCCCCACUCCACCUUCGCCGAGGAGAUGGGUGUCACCUACAACGACAAGGUCGCCACCGAGGCUACCGUCGCCCAGGUCGAGGUCUAA